CCCUUCAGGCCCCAGAGCGGAGGAGUUCUGGCACUGAUCUGAAGUGAGUUCAGCACAUCCAGACCAGAAACAGAAACAGCAGAAUGGAGACGCACAUCUGGACUCUCUUCAUGUGGGCGUCUCUUUCAGAAGCCUUCAACAUCGACACUGAACAUCCACUGAGAUUUAACGGCACGCCGGAAGAUUUCUUUGGUUACAGCGUUUAUCAGACGGAGUUUGGAAGCAGGAAGCAGAUCAUUGUAGGAGCUCCAUUACAAGGGAACUCAACAGGGGAGAUGUACAGCUGCUCUGCAGAUCUGCAGUCCUGCAAACGUCUGCAGCGUCCAGGUUCAGAGAGCGUCCGCUUCUUCGGCAUGUCUGCUGCUGCGUCGUCUGCUGCCCUGACUAGCUGCAGUCCGUAUGUUCCUCGUGAGUGUGAUGGAAACUCCUAUCUGAACGGCAUUUGCUACCAGUUCAACAGCAGCUUACAGGCCGUCUCCAACUUCACCGCCGCUUACCAAGAAUGCACCAAGAGAGAAGUCAAUCUGGUGUUUCUCUUCGAUGGAUCCAGCAGUAUGAGAACACCUGAGUUUGAAUUGAACAAAUACUUCAUUAAAGAUGUUAUGAAAAAACUUUCAAACUCAUCCAUAAAGUUUGCUGCUGUCCAGUUUUCAAAAAAUGUACGAACUGUGUUUGACUUCAACGAUUAUCAGAACGGCUUCGCUGAACAGAAACUCAUGAAAGAGAAACACAUGCAAUCUCUCACAAACACACACAAAGCAAUCAACUACGUUCUAAAUAAUCUGCUGAACAACGUGUCGUCUGGAGCUGAUCUCAACGCUACGAAAGCUCUGGUGAUCAUCACAGAUGGAGACCCCAGUGAUAAUGAUGAUAAUAAUGUCCUCAACAGAUGUGAUAAGCAGAAUACCCCCCGUUACAUCAUCGGGGUGGGAAACCUCGAUUUAACUAAACUCGUUCAGCUGGCAUCAGAACCAAAACACAACAACACCUUCUACAUUCAAAACUACAGAGGACUCGAAGGACUUCUUGACAACCUGCAAAAAAAGAUCUACAACAUUGAAGGCGCAGCGCUCGGCAGAGACAGACAGAGAGAGUUAUCGCAGAGUGGAUUCAGUGUCAUCUACCAGGAGGACUCUGUGAUCGUGGGUUCGGUCGGAUCGAAUGACUGGCGUGGAGCUCUGUAUGAAGUGACGGGAUCAGAGUUCAGAGAGACAGAGAUCAUCGAUCCAGCUGUAAAUAAAGACUCGUACAUGGGUUACUCUACUGUGCUGGGAAUGAGAAACGGCAUCUCUCUUCUGUUCUCUGGGCGCCCGGGCGAACACACGGGUCUGGUGACCCUCUUCACCAAGAACCAAAACACAUGGACAGUGACGAGGAACAUCAGCGGAGAACAAAUUGGCUCAUAUUUCGGAGCGUCUCUGAGUCUGUUGGAUGUGGACUCUGAUGGAGACUCAGAUUUCCUUCUGGUCGGAGCUCCAUUAUUUUACCAGUCUCAGCCGAGGGCUGAAGGGAGGCUGUACAUCUACGCUUUAUCAGAGCAGUAUUUUCAGAACACGCUCAAUGUGAGUGAAUCCACCAUAGGCAGAUUUGCUGCGUCUGUGGCUCCACUAAAGGACCUGAAUGGAGACAGUCUGUCAGAUGUGGCGGUCGGGGCGCCGCUGGAGAAUGAAGGAGUCGUCUACAUCUAUCUGGGCCACAGGAGGCAUGGCAUAAACCCUGAACACGCUCCUCAGCGGAUCCCAGCGCGGUCGGUUCUGCCCGGUCUGCAGCAGUUCGGAGUGUCUCUGUCCGGUCAGAUGGACAUGAACGAUGAUAAUCUGACAGAUAUCGUGAUCGGAGCACAAGGAGGGAUCGUGCUGCUCAAGGCUCGGCCUGUGAUGUCUGUAUCUGUGCAGCUCAGUUUCAGUCCAAAGGAAAUCAGCUUGAACUACUUUGAAUGUCCGAGUGGCAACACAUUUAGCGCAUUUGAUCUCACGUCAUGUUUCACAGUGAAUGAGCGCACCAGCAGCACAGGAUCUCUGGAGAAGAAGCUGAAUGUUUCUCUGAAUCUGAACGUGGACGUGGUACGAGGAAUGAGUCGAGGAUUCUUCGAUCCGAUGGAUUCGUCAUCCAGGACUCUGCAGCGGACCGUCCUGCUGGAUUCUGGGUCCUCCUGUUUUAACUUCUCUAUCUUCAUGAUGCGCUGUGUUGCAGACACAGUCUCUCCUCUGAAGAUACGAAUGAAUUUCUCACAAACUGAGAUGUUGUCUGGAAACUCUACGGCUGUUCUUGAUGUUCACAGCAGGACGGAGGAGUAUGUCGAGGUGCCGUUUCAAAGGAACUGUAAUUCAAACAACAGCUGUGUGGCCGAUCUGAAGCUGAACUUCAGUUUUACGAACAACACGUUAGUGGUGGUGAAUCAAGCUCAUUUCAGCAUCCUCGUAUCGCUGGCAAACCCAGGCGACGACUCCUUCAACACCAGCAUAGUGCUGCAUUACCCAGAAGGCCUCUCGCUCUCAAAAUUUGAUGCCAUUAAGCCGAGUCGGACUCGAAGCAGCUGUGGUGAUCGAGACAGCGGUGCUACGAACAGAACAACCUGCAGCAUCAAUCUACCGGUGUACCGCAGCGGCACCACAACUCAGUUUCUGGGAACUUUCCGUGUGACGAAAUGGGAUCAUGACUGGUCUGACCGGAUGGAGAUGAUGAUCACUGCCAACAGUGAUAACAAUGGAAACAUGAGUGAUACGGUGGUGAGGAGCAGCGUCCCGGUGCAGUUCGCCGUUGAUCUGGCGAUCAGUCUAGCGGCUGAAGACUCUGUGACGUAUCUGAACUUCUCUCUGGAGGACAGAGGUCCAAAACCUCUCAACAUCAUCUACAAGGUGGAGAAUCUGGGUGUUAAAGGUCUGCCGGUGUCGGUCUCGCUCACUCUGCCCUGUCAAACUACACAUGUGAUUUUAACACCUCACAACUUCAGCAUGCAGGAGAACUCUUCAGUGCAGUGCAGCAAGUCAGAUCGACGGGACGGUCACUGCGGGAGGUUUGAGUGUCCUCCGUUUCAUCUGCAGAAAUUUUCAGCCGUUCACUUCAACCUGAUCGCAGACGCAAAACUCCACAACGUGAAGGAAUACGAGAGCAAAUAUUCCUUCUAUGAGUUCAGGAGUGAUUAUGAGUUCAACAUCAGCGCUGAGCUCCACUACAACACGAGCCGCUACAACCAGACUUCAACCGGCCUGAAGGAUGAUCCCCACAGAUCCCAGACUACAGUGGAGGCGGAGUUUGUGGUUCCUCCCAGUCGACUGCUGAUUGUAGGCACUGGUGUAGUGGGCGGGUUCAUCUUGCUCAUUAUCAUAUUGUUCCUUCUGCUGAAGUGUGAGUUUUUUACACAAAAGCGCCCUGAAGUGUAUGAAAAUAGGACGGUGGUUCUCAUCAGCUACAGUACUAAAGAAAACUGAAAUCUGAGUGAGUUUGUUUGAAGGAGGCCUCAAAGCUGAAGAUUCUUUGAGUGUUAAUGAUGUUUUAAUGUCUAGUUUUAUGACAGUGUUCUUCAGUUUCAGUGUGUGUUUAGUUUAAUGAUGUUCAGCAUGUGCUGCGAUAGCUUUUCAACUUUGUAGUUUAUUUAUAAUAACUCAAGUUUAUAAUUGUACAUUUUAUGGCAUUUGUUUC